UCACUGGUGAACCCAGGAGAAAUGUGUGGCACGCUUGCUGCUCAAUCGAUCAGUGAAUCGGCUAUGCAGAUGACCCUCAAUAUGUUCCAUUAUGCCGGUGUCUCCAGUAAGAAUGUGACACUUGGUGUCCCGCGUCUGAAGGAGAUUAUCAACAUUGCCACCAAAAUCAAAACACCCUCCCUCACUGUCUACCUCGAGCCUGACAUUGCUGAAGAGAGUCUG